AUGGCAAGUGCUGGCGACGAAGACAACGAUGCGGUGCUUAGUGACGUGGAGGGCGACGAUUCAGUGCCGGUCGCGAUUAAGACUCCAUCGCCAGACGAAAUCUCCGCGGAGCGAUUCCGCGAGCUCGUCGCCGAGCUAGAUCGCGAGCGACAAGCUCGAGAGGCGGUGGAGAAUUCGAAAUCGGACCUGCAAAUUCAGUUCAAUCGAUUGAAGGCUCUGGCGCACGAGGCCAUAAAGAAGCGCGACGAGUGGGGGAGGCAGAGGGAUGAGGCGUUGCGUGAAAAGGAGGAAGCUUCUAAAACUAACGAGAAGGUCUCGGCGGAAUUGGCCGAGUCGAAUAGGGCAAAGGACGAGGCUUUGCAGCAGAGGGAUGAGAUUGCGAAGCAAUUGGACGAGGUGGUGAAGGAGAGGGACGGUUUGAGGUCAGAUAUUGGGAAUUCAACUCAUAUGCUCAUGUCUGGAAUCGAUAAGAUAUCGGGGAAGGUUAGUAAUUUUAAGAAUUUUGGGGUGGGGGGGUUGCCAAGGUCGCAGAAAUACACGACAGGAUUGCCUGCGGUUGCUUAUGGAGUUAUUAAGCGAACGAAUGAGAUUGUGGAAGAGCUUGUUAGACAGAUUGAUUCCACGGCCAAGUCUAGAAACGAAACGAGGGAGCAGAUGGAUCAGAGAAAUUACGAGAUUGCCAUUGAGAUUUCUCAGCUGGAGGCCACGAUUGGUGGUUUGAGAGAAGAGGUCGCGAAAAAGACCUCCAUUGUUGAGAAGUUAGAGAAGAGUAUGGCAGAAAAGAAUGGCAAAGUGUCGGUGAUUGAACGGGAGAUGGAGGAGAAGUUGAGUAAGGCUGAGAGUGAGGUUUCAGAGUUGAAGCAGUUAGUUGGAGAGUAUGAUGAUAAGUUGACGAAUUUAGACUCGAAAAUGGAAGCACAGAGGCCUUUACUCUUUGAUCAGUUGGAUUUGGUUUCGAAAAUUCAUGACCGGCUAUAUCAUGUUAUGAGAAUCGUUGAUGCCAAUAAUUUGGAUCAGUCGGAGUUUUCAGAGUCCCUGUUUCUCCCUCAAGAAACGGACAUGGAGGAGAACAUACGUGCAACUUUGGCUGGGAUGGAAUCCAUUCAUGAGUUGACCAGGAUUGUUAUUGAAAAGACGAGGGAUUUGACUGAGGAAAAGAACCGCGAAAUUAAGAGUUUGGAUGAAACAGUGAAUCGGUUAGUUAAAGAGAAAGAACAAAUUGGAUCAUUACUUAGGAGUGCAUUGUCAAAGAGGAUCACAUCAAGUCCAUCUUCUAAAACGAGUGAAUUGUUUCAAGUUGCAGAAAAUGGUUUAAGGGAGGCCGGGAUAGAUUUCAAGUUUAGUAAGCAUGUUGGGGAUGGGGAAGUGGAUACACUUGAGACAGAGGAGGAUGAAAUAUAUGCGUUAGCUGGUGCUUUGGAGAACAUUGUUAAGGCAUCUCAGCUUGAGAUCAUUGACCUGCAGCAUUCUGUGGAGGAAUUAAGGGCAGAGUUGAGUUUACUCAAACAGCAUGUUGAGGCUCAAGCUAAGGAGCUCGACCAUAGAAUGCGUAGAAUUGAGGAACUUGAAGAAAAGGAGAGAGUAGCGAAUGAAAGUGUUGAAGGGCUGAUGAUGGACAUUGCUGCUGCUGAAGAAGAAAUUGCAAGAUGGAAAGCAGCAGCCGAGCAAGAAGCUGCUGCAGGCACAGGUGUAGAACAAGAAUUUGUGGCACAGUUGUCGGCGCUUAAGCUUGAACUUGAGGAGGCAAAGCAGGCGAUUGUGGAAUCAGAGAAGAAACUCAAGUUCAAAGAAGAGACAGCUGAUGCUGCCAUGGCAGCCAGAGAUGCUGCUGAGAAGUCAUUGAAAUUGGCAGACUUGAGGGCAUCCAGGCUCCGGGAUAGAGUAGAGGAGCUUACCCGUCAGCUAGAAGAAUUUGAAAGUCGGGAAGACUCAAGGAGGGGCCUGAGUGGACCUAGAUAUGUAUGCUGGCCAUGGCAGUGGCUUGGGCUGGACUUUGUGGGGGUCAGUCGCUCUGAUACACAACAAGAGAGUAGUUCAAAUGAAAUGGAGCUCUCUGAACCUCUUCUUUGA